UGCGGUGCGACUUGUAAACCCUUUCUCUGAAUGACAGGUCUCUUCUGCAGUUUUCAUCUCGUGUACCUGGCGAGUCAUGCAUUCAAUCUCACGCCACCCAGCCUCUCGACCUCAUCCCGAUAAAGCUCUAAUCUCCAGCCACGCGACGGGCGGAGCCCAUACCCGCUCCUCACUGGGCGGAGGCCUGAAAGGAAUGAAAGGGGCGGAAGAACGAGAAGGGCGGGGGAUGCAAGGAGGGACAGCGAUCGAUAUAGAAGAGUGACUGGCUGUUGCCUCUUCGUCUCUCGUCAGUUCUCUCCCGACUCCAUUCCGCACGGUUCCUCCUCCUCUUCCCGUUUUCUUCUCGCGGCAGUCCCGUGAAAAGCAGUCAAGAUUGUGACCAUUUUAGAGCACAGGAUGAUGUCCCAGGUGCAGACGAUGAAGAAGCAGGUGCUACAGUUACGGCACGAGGCCAACGUUCAGAGGAUCCCCGUCUCACAGGCAUGCGAGGACCUCAUUAAGUAUUGCUGCGAGCAUCAGAAGACAGACGUGCUUGUGACUGGAAUCUCGCAGUCAGAAAACCCCUUCAAAGAGAACAAAGCGUGUCUUCUCAUCUAAACCAUUCCCCAGGGAUUCUGUGAGUCUUCCCUAUAGAUGUAUCCAGCAGUUUUUACCCACAAGAAGCCUUGCAUGUUUCUACGUGUUCUUAUAUGUGUGAUCUCCCUUGAACCAAACUGCCAAAGGAGCCCCCCAUGGACAUUCAAAGACACGAAACCAUUCCGUGACUAAUGGCCAGUUACCUUUAUGAAGAAUAAAUCUCAUCUGUUGGAAGGCGAGGA